CGUUGACCGGACUCACCACAAGUAGGCAGCAGCAGGCAGCAUCCGCGACUCAACAACCGUGGCUGCCGCCGAAACCAAAAACCCUAAAGCUCUCGCUCUGCUUCAAUGUCUUGAAGUAGGAAAGAUGUCUUUACACUCGCAUAUUGAACAGGUGCUAUUUCCGGAGGACCAAAUCGCCGAGCGAGUGAGUCAACUCGCCUCUGAAAUCACAAACGACUUCAAGGAUGAGUCUCAGCCGCCGGUCCUUGUCGGUGUGGCUACCGGUGCAUGCCUCUUUUUGGCCGACCUAAUCCGCCGUAUCGAUUUGCUCGUCUCGGUCGACUUCGUUCGAGCUGAUUCAUAUGGCUCCGGCACCAUUUCUAAUGGGGCUCCCAGGAUCUCCCUUGACUUGAAACUCGAUGUCAAGGCCAAGCACGUUAUAGUGGUUGAGGAUAUUGUAGAUACAGGAAGCACUUUAUCCUGUCUCAUUGCACACAUGGAAUCAAAAGGAGCAUCCUCGGUCUCAGUCUGCACACUCCUUGACAAACCAGCAAGAAGAAAAGUUGAAACCAAACUAGUAGGUCAAGGAAAGUUCUACAGGGGGUUUGAGUGUCGGGAUCAUUUCGUUGUUGGUUACGGGAUGGACUUUGCAGAAAUGUACAGGAAUUUGCCUUACAUUGGCAUUUUGAAGCCUGAAAUUUACAAUUGAUUGAAGUUGCUUCUACCUUCAGUAUGCACAAAGCGUAUUUAGUUCCAUAAAAUUGUUAACUAGCAUAUGCCCGUGGUUUUACUUAUGUUGGGAAAACUGCAAUUUUGCUCAAAAGAAGCAUCAUUUGCAGUGGAAUUCUGUAAUAAUUUGUUGACAGCU